AUGGGGGGCUUGGAUGGUGAGCAAAAACAAUUGAUCAAGAAGUUGGUCAACUUUCGCAUGAAAGAAGGUAAAAGAACGAGAGUUCGUACUAUUUUUUAUCAAACUUUUCAUCGCCCAGCUCGAACUGAACGCGAUGUAAUCAAACUGAUGGUUGACGCCGUAGAUAAGAUUAAGCCCAUAUGCGAAGUGGAAAAAGUAGGAGUAGCAGGUACUAUUUAUGAUGUCCCUGGGAUUGUAGCCAGGGAUCGUCAACAAACCUUAGCUAUUCGUUGGAUCCUUGAAGCAGCUUUCAAACGACGUAUAAGCUACAGGAUAAGCUUAGAGAAAUGUUCAUUUGCUGAGAUACUGGAUGCUUACCGAAAAAGGGGAAUUGCACGUAAGAAAAGGGAUAAUCUUCAUGGACUGGCUUCCACCAAUCGAAGUUUCGCGCAUUUCAGAUGGUGGUAA